AUGCUGACACCGCACCAUCGUUUCCCACGGUCAGCGUCCGCCUAUGAGAACACUGCGUGCACCUCGUCGGCCGAUGACGAAUUUGAUGACGACUACUACCCGACGAGUUGCUCGCGGAAUGUUGGAGAAGAAGAUGGAGACGAGGACGAGGAGCGUGCCGUUGAGAAGGAGACGUUAGAGAUAACGAUCCCUCGAGACGUAGAUCAACCGAACGGAAUGGCGUUUCGGAUGGUUGGCAGCAGAAGUCGUGGCAUUUUUGUGGAUUACGUGUAUUUGGAUUCGCCGCAAAGUAAACACCUUCGAGAAGGUGACCGUCUCCUUCGAUGCAACAAGAUUUCUCUCCGCGCGAUAUCCGUAGAUCAAGCGGCAAGUAUUUUCCGAUUCUGGAUGACACGUGCCGAUUGUCUAACAUUAUUGAUCGAACGUAGAUCAGACGGAGAGAGUGUGAUGAUGAAGAGACGCAGACAAGCGAGACUCUCAAUGUGUAAUGAACAGAUGGAGCAGACGAGACACGUCGUCUCCGGAAGAGCGACGACACUCCGUCUGACGUCUUCUAAAUCUGCUGAAGUAUUCAGAUGCUUUCAGCAGCAGGAGGACACGCCCACUUUCAGACUGAAAUCCCCGAAAUACGAGUCGUUUGACACGUCACCAACACGAUCGAUUUGUCCACAUUGUCAUUCACAGACUAGAUUGCUCUACCUUCACCAAUUCUCUCACGGCUUCGUCAACAACGCCUUCCGAUUUCUAACCGUCUCGCGCUCAAGCUAUUCACUUUUAUAA